AUGGCCAGUUGCGAGCCGGUGAUCGUGUGGAACGGAGCUCAGUUUACCGCCAGUAGCAGGGAGCUGGAGCAGCUGCGUCGCGACUACGGACUGGAUGCCCGGAUGCUGGAGGCCACCCUGGUGCCACGCUACAAGAGACACAAACCGCAGGCGGCGGCCCGCAACGAUUUCGUGAGAAUCAGCAAGGAGACAGCGGCCAAGACAGCCUCCGCCUCCGCCUCCGAUUGGAUUUUGAAGCAGGAUCGCAGCACCAACGUCAGCCAGGUGAACUUCCCGCCGUGGGCCGGUGCUCAUUUUGAUUUGGUGCCCUGGCGUCGCACCAGAUCCGCCCUAGAUCUCACCUCUGUGGCGGAUUACAAUCAUGGUCUGGUGGAUCCCAAGUCCCUCAAGGGUUUGGAAAAACUAGAGCUAAGACACCAGCGUCGGCGUCUGCAGCGGGCCAGGACCUCGCAGCAGGGUUUGCGGCGAUUGGUGCGGGUGCGACUGAUCUUCUCCAUUGAGCUGCGGCACAAGAGGAUGGAGGUCCUGCGCAAGAGUGCCCUGCCCGUGCGGGUCUUUGAGCAGCGGUUUGCCCUCAGCGAGAACGAGAGUGCCGCCUACGAACGUGUGCUCCUGGAUGCCAGCGCUGGCGUAGAUCAGCACGUGGGCUACUUCAGUCGACGGCAAUUGCAGCAGAAGGACCGCAAGGAGAAUGUCGAAGAGCUGGUGGUGGAUUUUGCCAGUGAAACAGAAGGAGAGCAGGAGGAGCAGGAGGAGGCCCAGUAUGCCACCAUAGCCCCGCCGCCGGAGAAGGGCGACCAGCAGGAGUCCCAGGAGUCCGGCCAAGUGCCAUGCGUCAAGUGCCGCGAUAUUGCCAUUAAAUUGAGAACCAUAAACGACUAUGCGCUCAGCUCGAAUCCUCACCUGAAUCGAAGCAACAACAAACCAAACAAUCUGUCCGGCAAUAAAAUCCCAGCGAAUAAUCCCAGCCACAAUCUGAGCAGAAUGCACGCCCACCAGCUAGACUCGUACCUGGGCGGAGUGGGCGGCAUGGGAAUGAUGAACCUAAGCAACCAAAUGGGUGGUGGCAACCUGGGCCAGAUGCAUCAUCCGGGGAGCGUUUCCGGCAGCGAAAGACCCAACGGAGGAGCACUGGCCCUGCACUAUGCCGCAGCCAGAGGCUGCCUGGACUGUGUCCAACUGCUGGUGGCCGCAUCCGUGGAUAUUUGCUACUUCUCCACAAUCAACGUUAAGAAGGGCCUGCUGGGCCGGAUGACCACCAGCCUCACCUCCUACCGCCGCAGCAAGCAAAAGUCCAAGUCAAACAAUGACAUUCACACCAUCAUCGCCACGGAGGUAACCGCGGCCAUACUCAGCACCAGUGUUCACAGCAGCGGCUCCGAGGACAUUGAGGAGGGUCAUACGCCCACCGAGGAUCAUCAUUUGGGUGGAUCACCACCAGAUUGCAGCCAGGAGGAGACACGCAGUGGAAACAGCGAGCAGGAUUCCAAGGAAUUGGAAGAGCAAAGGAUGGAGCCACAACAUCAUCAUCAUCCGCAUCACACGCAGCGCAAAUCCACGCUGGAGGUGGUGCGCCAGCACCAGCAGCAGCUGAACGAGGACGAGGAUCCCGAGUCCAAUGAGGAGGACGAGGCCACGCCCAUGAUGAGCGGUGUGGGGCGCAAGGAGCAGAACAAUCGCCGCAGCGUUGUGAGCGCCAAUACGCAAAUGGACAACGAUGUCACGCCCGUCUACCUGGCGGCACAGGAGGGCCACUUGGAGGUGCUCAAGUUUCUGGUGCUCGAGGCCGGCGGUUCGCUCUAUGUUCGCGCACGCGACGGCAUGGCACCGAUCCAUGCCGCUUCACAAAUGGGCUGCUUGGAUUGCCUCAAAUGGAUGGUCCAAGACCAGGGCGUCGAUCCCAAUUUGCGUGAUGGCGACGGUGCCACGCCCCUGCACUUUGCCGCCUCCCGGGGACAUCUAUCCGUGGUCCGUUGGCUGCUCAAUCAUGGCGCCAAGUUGUCACUGGAUAAAUAUGGCAAGUCGCCUAUAAAUGAUGCAGCCGAAAACCAGCAGGUUGAGUGCCUGAAUGUCCUGGUGCAGCAUGGCACCUCGGUGGACUACAACGGCAAGAGCAGCUCGCAGCGCCACAAAUCGCAGCAGCAGCUGCAGCAGCAACAGCAACAGCAGCAGCAGCACAUGAGCAGCAGCUGCAACUCGAACUCAAACUCAUCCAAGCAGACGAGUCGCAGCAACACCAUCAAGUCCAAGUCCUCGUCCACCCUAAGCUCCGAUGUGGAGCCCUUCUAUCUCCAUCCGCCAGCCAUAAAUGGCGGAGCUGGAGGAGGAUCGGGAAUGGGCAUGGGCAUGGCCAUGAGCAUGGGCAUGGGCAUGGGUAUGGGUAUUACCAGGAAAAACAGUGAUGCCCUGUACUCGCAGCAGUCGCGCAGCUCCUCGGAGAAGCUAUACAAUGGAUCCUCUUCGCUGGGUGGCAAUCCGGGUAACAACAGCUCCUCCGGAGGAGGUGGAGGUGGAGGCGGCGGCGGCGGCGGAGGAGCCUUGCUGCCCAACGAUGGACUUUAUGUGAAUCCCAUGCGUAACGGGGGCAUGUACAACACGCCCUCGCCCAAUGGCAGCAUCUCCGGAGAGUCGUUCUUUCUGCACGACCCCCAGGACAUUAUCUACAAUCGGGUGCGCGAUCUCUUCGUGGACUCCGACUGCAGCAGCAGCGUGAAGCAGCACGGCAAGCUGAUGCAGGCAAAGGCAGGCAAUGCCAUGACUAUACAAGCGGAUGUCCAUUCCAGUUCUAGCGGGGCAGGCAGUGGCUCUGAUGAGUCUGUGUCCAUUUCGUCCAGCUUCCAUUCACCGAAGCAACAGCAGUCCCAUGGCCACCAGCAGCUGCGCAGCCAGAGUUUCCAUCGCCACGGCAGCAGCAGCAACAUAAGCAACCUGGGCAACGCCAAGGUCAAUAACUACAAGGCCCACAAGGGCCUGGGAAUGGGUAUGGGAAUGGGCGUCGUUGGGUUGGGUUCUGGCAGCCAGAAUGGCGGUGGAGAUCAUGACUACGAGGAUAUUUAUUUGGUGCGCGAGGAGUCGCGCAAGCAGCAUCAGCACCAGCAUCAACAGCAGUUGCAACAUUUGCAGCUGCAGCAGCAGGCCGUACAGCAGCAGCAGCAGCAACAACAGCAGCAGCAGCACAACAACAAAUACAAUGUGGGACGCUCACGCUCUAGAGACAGUGGCUCCCAUUCGCGUUCGGCCAGUGCCAGUUCCACCAGGAGCACGGACAUUGUGCUGCAGUACAGCAACCAUCACUUGAACAACAAGCGAAAUAUCAACAACAAUAGCACCAAUAAUAUAGCCAAUAACAACACCAACAACAACAAUAACAACAACAACAACAACAACAACAGCCAACUAAAUCGCAACAAAUCGCAUUCAAUCAUUGGCCUGCACAGCAGCAAGUACGAGUCCUCGCUAAAGGACAACUACAGUGCCAAAAAUGUAAACCUAAAAAAUCAACUCCUAAACGGCGGCAUCAAGAGCGACACUUACGAGAGUGUCUGUCCACCAGAGGAUGUGGCCGAGCGCACCAAGCAGACGCACAAGAACUCCAUGAUACGCAACAAUCUGGCCGAGGCCUCGGCCAACAACAAUUCCAAUUCAAAUUCCAACCUGAGCAACGGUGGCAAUCAGAAUGGAAGGAUACUCAAGCGCGUUUCCUCGGCGCCGCCCAUGCAAAAUGUGGCCAUUGUCAAUGGACCACCGCCACCUCCCUUGCCGCCACCACUGAGAGCUCCGGCGGUACAGCAACGCAACAGCUCCAGUUCCGAGCAGCCAAACAACAACAACAACAACAAUGGGAUCUACAAGAAGAAUGUAUUUGGACCAAACCAGGCAACUCCAGGUGGAGCUCCACCCCAGAUACCAGCUCCGAAUCCCACAACCGCCAGCAGCGAAACCGUGGACUCGGACUCCGGGCUCGAGGUGAUUGAAGAGCCAAGCCUGCGGCCUUCAGAGCUGGUGAGGGGUAACCACAAUCGCACCAUGUCCACCAUAUCGGCGAACAAGAAAGCCAAGCUGCUCAACGCCAACGGUGGCGGUGGAGGUGGAGGUGGAAGUGGAGGCGGCAGCAGCAGCACUAAGGCCAAGGAGGAGGAUGCUUUAGGAGCCAAUAGUACGCGAAAUGGCAUCUAUGGUUACUCAGAGGGCGUCGGCAAGGGUCCAAGGAGCAAUGGCAAUUAUCAAACCCAGCAGCAACAGCACUACCAGGCCCAGCAGCAGCAGCAGCAGCAUCACAGUCACCAAUACACGCCCAGUCUCUAUGGAGGCGGCUCCUCCGCCGAGGAUCACUACGAGCUCACCCAGCAGCAGCAUCAGAUUUACGGAGAGUCUGGCAACGGUUUACCCAAUGGACAGCGGACGGGCGGACCCAAUCUGGUCAACAAGCAGCUGGUGCUGCCGUUUGUGCCGCCCAGUUUUCCCAAUAAAUCACAAGACGGCGUCACGCACCUCAUCAAGCCGUCGGAGUAUCUCAAGAGCAUCAGCAUCGACAAGCGUUCGUGUCCAUCCUCCGCCCGCUCCACGGACACGGAGGACUACAUGCAGAUACAGAUCGCCCAGCAACAGCAGCAGCAGCAGCAGCAUCAGCAGCAGGUGCACCUCUCGCAGCAUUCGCACCACCCGCAUCCUCACCCACACCCACACCCGCACCCACAUCCCCAUCCCCAUCCCCAUCCGCAUCACCAGCAUGGACAUGGAAUGGGAGGCGAGCAGCCACCAUUACCGCCGCCUCCGCCACCUUUGCCCCAUGGAAUGCUGCCACCGCAGCCGCUGGUGCCGCUGAUGAACAUGGCCAAUGGCGGUCAGGAUGCCACCAUGUCCGGCAAGUCAUCGCACAAGCCCAAGAAGCCGCAUGGAGCGACGCCCAGCAGCCAGGAUACGGCCACCCGGAAGCAGCAUCAGCCGCUCUCGGCCAUCUCCAUACAGGAUCUGAACAGUGUCCAGCUACGCCGCACGGACACCCAGAAGGUGCCGAAGCCCUACCAGAUGCCCGCCCGCAGCCUGAGCAUGCAGUGCCUCACCUCCGGCACGGACACUUACCUCAAGUCCGACCUAAUUGCCGAGCUGAAGAUCUCCAAGGACAUACCCGGCAUCAAGAAGAUGAAGGUGGAACAGCAGAUGGCCAGCCGGAUGGACUCGGAGCACUACAUGGAGAUCACAAAACAGUUUACGGCCAACAACUAUGUGGAUCAGAUACCCGAAAAGGAUCAGGCCGGCAAUGCGAUCCCCGACUGGAAGCGCCAGAUGAUGGCCAAGAAGGCCGCCGAGCGGGCCAAAAAGGAUUUUGAGGAGCGUAUGGCCCAGGAGGCGGAGUCACGUCGCCUCUCCCAGAUACCGCAAUGGAAGCGAGAUCUAUUGGCGCGACGCGAGGAUGCGGAGAACAAGCUGAAGGCGGCCAUCUACACGCCCAAGGUGGAGGAGAACAAUCGGGUGGCGGAUACCUGGCGGCUCAAGAACCGGGCCAUGUCCAUUGACAACAUCAACAUCAAUCUGGCGGGCAUGGAGCAGCACUAUCAGCAGAUCCAGUAUCAGCAGCAGCAGCAGCAGCAGCCUCUGCCGUUGGGUAACAAGGAGAACCAGUCGGAGCCGGAGCAUCAGGAGCAGCACCAGCAUCAGUCGGGUUCCGAGAUCCUGGAUUCGCCGGAGGGCCAGCGAGGAGCAACCGCCGCCGCCGAGGAGGAGGAGGAAGAGGAGGACAACAUCAUCCCUUGGCGGGCACAGCUGCGCAAGACCAACAGUCGUCUCAGCCUGAUCUGAAUUGAAGCAUUCCUUCUCCCAAGUGGUGCAUUUUUUUUUUUUUUUUUUUUUUUUAUAAAUUAAUAUAAAUUAUAAAUUAUAAAAAAUAAAAAAAUAAAGCAUGUGCAAUUAAAAACCCUACAACUAAGCUUAAGUUAAAGCCAAGAAUAUUUAGCUUCUUGCAUUGUACUAUAUGACAUUAUCAUAACAUAAUUAUUAUGAUUAUUAUAAUUAUUAUUAUUUUAUUAAUAUUUUUAAUAUUUUUUUUUUGUUAUUCCUACGGGGCAGAAUCGUACAUAUAUAUAUUGUAAUCGAAAUUUUCCGGUGUUGUCCUUUUAUCACUUGUAAUACUUGUGUGCGUUUUUUUUUUUUUUUAAAUAUUAUUCUCGUCGUGACUCGUCUUGAAUUUAUUAAGUAAUUACCUUAAUUUAAUUGUCUUGGCUAAGCAUUUUUUUAUUGUUAUUUGUUUUUAUAUAUGCGGCUCAAACAAUAUUAAUAUUAAUUGCAACAAAUAACCAUUUUACAUAUUAUAUCUAUGGAUAAACAAGCGAAUGAACGAAUCAAUAAAUACAUUAUACAG